CCAACAAACAUCACAACUCACAUCAUCACAUGCACAAGCUAUUGCAUUGUCUUGUCAAACAAAAAGGCUCGAAACCGGUCUGAAGUAAGCAAAAAGACGCUAAUAAUGGCAGAACCAGGACCAGACGGAUUAUACAGUGUGUGUGUUCAAAAUGCUGAAGACUGUUCGGAUGAUGAGCUCCAUGAAAUAUUCGAGGAGUUUGGUUGUGUUGCGAGACUCCAUAGAGUAAACGCCUUAGUCUUUGUGCGCUACUCUACUGCUGAUGAAGCUAAUAACUGUGUAGAGUCAAUGAGAAACCAGCAACGGUUCAGAGUAAACUAUGGGAAAAAGAAGAGGAACGAUGGAAAUUAUGGAAGACAUGGGCAACGAGGCUCAUAUCAGCAAUACUCUAAUGGAGACCAGGAUACUGACGCACCUAAAUCAAGGUUUGGAGAGAUGAACAGGAACGACAGCGGGAGCGGGUUUGGCAGGAGACCCAACAACUUCAACCAGCAGAGACCAGACCGCAGAAAUGAUGGCGGCGGAGACGGAGGUUUUGCUGGUGCGAGUAGGCCUUCAGCUAGAAGACCUCCUAAACUGGUACCAUUCCCAGCACCACAGCCUGCUGAAAAUGCUCCUCCCACAUCAGCAAAGGUAGCAGUAAUCGGGAACCAUCACCCUAAGUUCGGUCAGAACAACAUCUAUGAUCUUUGCAAGUUGGCGAAAGUUAACCCGCUACAUGUAGCCAUGAAAAACUAUGAUAGGCCACCGUACCCGAAGCUGCAUUUCGCUGUGGUGUACGUAAGGAACCAAGAAGAGGUCGAUAACAUAGUCAGCUCACUAAAAGGCUUACAACUGAAUGGUUAUACGCUGAUUGUGGGAUCAGCAGACGAGUUGUUGGAAGAAGGAAAAUUGUUAAAACGAAGUAAUUAAGUCAUAAGUACAAAAAAACUGAUGGUGUUUUCUCAGUUUUCGGUUUUCGGUUUUCGUAAAUACCAAACAGGGUUCCUAAUCAAACAAAGUGAUUGUUUCAAAGUAUGAUGUUUUAAAGUAGAAUAUAAACCUUGAUUUGAAAAUGCAUUCGUUAAAAUCAGAUUCCUUUGCAAAAAUAUGUAGGUAUAGUGAUGGUCGAAAACCAGAAAUCUCGAAUCUCAAAACGUAAACGCAAAACUUGUUUACUUAGCUUUUACAAAAGCCAAAGUUACAAAAAAUACAGGUAAUCAUUAAAUUUACCGGUAAUAAUUAAAAUUUAAUUAUGCAAUCAAAACUGAAAGAGAUUGACUCCUUACCCUGACAUAAUAACAUAUAAAUGUGACUGGUAAACUUGAAACCCAAAACAUCAUAUUUUUAAAAAAACAACCAACAUACAAAUAAAUUAAAAUCCUGACACCAACAUAAACAUGCAAAUUAAAUCAAUUAAAACAUUUAGUGAUCAAUAUUUUCUUUGUGUUUCUGUUAAGUUAAUAUUGUUAUGAAACUGAAUUGUAUGUUAUUCCAGUUAUAGUAUUUAAAAUGCUUUUUGAAGUUCAGAAUAUAAUUAACUUGUUUCAUUACUGUCAAUGGUGAUCUGUUUGCUCUAUUGCUACCAUCUUGUGUGAAAAUAGUGUUAAUAACAAUAAUAAUGGGACAAAAAUAUGAGCAGUUUCAGAAAUAAAACUGCCAAAAUCCUCAAUUUGAAAACUUUUGAUCGAAUCUCGAAACUGAAACUUUUCCAAAGUUUUGAUGGUUUUGAGAUUUGAGAUUCGGUUUUGACACAUCACUAGUAGGUAUUCUGCUUUUACAACUUACCUACUUCAAUGAUUGUACAAGUGUUCUCUCGUUGUUUGUUAUUACUUAUUGUAAGAAAAUUUAGUGUUAUUUUUAAGAACUGAGUAAUAUUAGCCCUUAUUGCAGUAUUUUUAGGUUUCUACCUCUAUAAAAGUAAGGUAUAUUUGAUUUAUUUGACUAAACUCUGUUAAACGUAAAUGUUAGCAAACACUCUUUAAGUAAAAUUACUUCUUGUAUCUCUUCCAUUUCAUAUUGUCAUUUAGAUAUUAAACUGUUUUAGCGAUGAAAGAAACAAUUGAUUUAAGUUACAGGUGCAGUUUUGGAAUAGUUAAAUAGAAUCAGUGAAUCUUUAUUCCUCUUUUUAUCUCUUACAUUGUCUUUAAAUAUUAGUAAAAAGGGAUUAAAUUGUUUUUUGCCGUUUAAGAAAAAAAAACAUUAUCUAAGGAUGAUAUAAGCUACGGGUGCUGAUGUGUGUUUUAUAACAGUACUAGAACAGUGUUAUACUUGUCUCUGUUAAAUAUAAA